CACCUGCAAAAAGUGGGUCAGGACAAUCCAAUAUAGUUCAAAAAGCAAAUUCCAAUAGACGCAAGAAAUGUUUGGGAUCAUCCUUGACCUUCAAACUGGAAGCGUCAGAAUUCCGUCGGCAGUCUCUUUUCGACAGCCGUUGAAAUGGACGCAAAAAAUAAACUUCUAUUGACUGCUCUAAUUUUGUUAAACUCUCGAGUUAAAGGUUAUCCUUAUGGAGCACCUACGGAUCUUUGUGAUACAAUUAGUCCUAUGAGAACUCAAAGUUUGCCUCUUCAAAUGAACGAUGCCCCAUACGUGCUCCUGCAAACAGCGAUCUCCUACAAACCAGGACAAGUCAUAAAUGUGAGCAUACAACGAGUGGAUCCGGAUUCUACAUUCGAAGGUUUCAUGGUCCAAGCGAUUGAUAAAAUAUCUGGAAGAUUUGUUGGAAGGUUUUUGGAUGCCGAAGGUCUUCAUCUCCUUGACGAAUGUUCUGCUGUAAUGCAGAAUGACAGCAAAUCAAAAGCAAAUGUCCAGCUGGCCUGGGUGGCACCAUUAAAUCAACGUGGUGAUGUAAUAUUUCGUGGCACCGUUAUUGAAAAGAAAACGAAGUAUUACGAUGGUCUAAUAUCUCGACUGGAAUCUCCGAGAUAAUAAAAUGUUUGUUCUGUG